UGUCUGAUCCAUUUAUAUUUGAUGAAAUAAAGUAAAGAUUAUUGUUACUAAAUUUCGAAGAAUAUCGGAAUAACAGUAAUAGAGCCACAACUUACAAAAAAGCUAUUAGAUGUAAAAUGCAAAUGAUUUUGACAAUGUUAAUUAAAACAUCAAUGCAAAUGUCUUUAUACACACAGAACAAAUAUGUUUGUUUUCACAAUGCCCAUUAUUCAUCUCUAAAAUGUCGGAAUAUUUUCCCGGGUGUUUACGUCAAAAAUAAUAAAAUUUUGAGCUUUGAUAAGCCUAUGUUGUUUACUGAAAAUAUUUAAUCGUAAGCAAAAUUAUUAAUCAGUAAUUGUAUUUUAAACAUUCAUUUUUCUAAAAAUAUUAAAUACAAAAAGUUUCUUUGAAACGCCGAAGUUCGUCUGUGUCCGUGGCGUUUCGUUUCUAUUGGCGGGAGCCUCGGUGAGUGGCCCCUGAUUAUUGCUGAUCCCACAAAGGAAGCCACAAUCAGUAUACGGCGGGUUGUCAGAGUGUUAGUUUAUCAUAAGUUGGGACUGAAACGAAAGAAUGAAUGGAAUAAUCUUCGAAAAUUGUUGAAAAUCACUCGUCAGAUGUGUGGAGUGCGGAACAAGAUGUCUAGAAAAAGUUCCCGAAUGAAUACCAGAUCAAAGAGCACAGACCAAGUUUCAAUAUGCACAAAAAUCAGUCGUAAAAGAAAAGCAGAAGAGGACCCAGAAGAAGCAAUGGCAUGUGUAAAGAGAAGGCAACAAUAUAGGAUUGAGAAUCAGUGGGUCCCAAUAUCAGAAACUACAGCUAUUACAACAUGUUCAAUAGUACCAAGUCCCGAGUCAUCCCCCACACACUCGCACAUGAGUUCGGAUCUUAUGUUAGGCUCAAAGUUCCGAUUCCAGAACUAUUUCACAACCCCAGUUGAAGUGCGAAAGUCACCACUACCUCAGUUAGAUUGGGCAGACUCACAGGAAGUGUGGCACACAAUGCUGCGGAAAGAACUGAACUAUGUACGAGACCAGAAUAUGUUUGACAAGCAUCCUGCCUUGCAUGCACGAAUGAGGGCUAUAUUACUAGAUUGGUUAAUAGAAGUUUGUGAGGUGUAUCGGUUACACAGAGAAUCUUUCUAUUUAGCUGUGGACUUUCUCGACAGAUUUUUAUCAAAACAGAGCAACUUGCAAAAACACCAGUUACAGCUUAUAGGAAUUUCUUGUUUAUUUAUUGCAGCCAAAUUAGAGGAAAUAUAUCCACCUAAGUUGGCAGAGUUUGCUUACGUAACUGAUGGUGCCUGCACAGAAGAUGAGAUUUUAGACCAGGAACUUGUUAUAUUGAAGGCUAUUAACUGGGAUCUUUCUCCAGUGACGGCAAACGGUUGGUUGAACAUCUACCUCCAGGUUUCAAAUGUAGAACAUAUACAUGGCGGUGAACACGGCUUCGUCUUUCCUCAGUACUCUUCACAUGUAUUUGUACAAAUAGCACGGUUACUAGACCUGUGUAUACUAGACAUAGAAAGUUUACAGUUCCAGUACAGUGUAUUAGCUGCAGCAGCUUUGUAUCAUAUGUCGUCACGGGAGCUGGUACUCUCUGUCUCAGGUUACGAAUGGAAAGAUAUUUUACCCUGUGUUCAGUGGAUGGCACCUUUUGCUGUGACUGUACGAGAACUAGGCCAGAUAGCUGUGAAAUUCUUCCCCAAUAUACAGUCAGAGGAUUCACAUACCAUACAAACUCAUGUCAUAGAUCUUAACUUAUUGGAGAAAGCACAGUUGCGUAGAGACGAGGUUGUAUAUAUGGAUCACGGUAGUCCACCAGACCACCAGGCACAAGUUAUCACACAGUUAACCCCACCACAGAGCGACAAGAAAAAUCAUAUAGCAAACACACCAGAAACACCCUCUGUAAACCCUGUGUCUUGCAGCUGAUAGUGCUCUAGUUUUAGAUGUUUUAAUAUACUCGUCCUCACCUCAUCUAUACUGGGACAAUCUCUUCACCAAGAAAGUAGCGGAGCAGUGUUCAGACACGUCCGCAUCUGCCUUGACAGUGCCUUAUUUACAAAGUGCCUACAAUGAAUGUUAUUGUAACAAGAUGUUAUAAUAAUUACAUGCUAUAACAGUGUACCUUGGUGUGCGUGUAUAUGAUCGGACCAGCACAAAGUUUCUGAUUUUUUCCAAGUGCCUUAUUUUUUAAAGAGAUGUUAAAUGGGACCAAGUAGUCAGAAGUGCCUUAUGUUCCUUUAUAAGGGACCGUGUGUACACGAAGUUAGUAUGAAUAUUUAUUGACAGUAUUGCGAGUACAGGGAUUAUAGUAGACCAGUUACUACUAUACAUGUAUUAGAAACACUGUUACUUGUAUUAUGUGGUACCACUUUAUUUUUGAGGUAUGACAUGUGUGAACAGUUUAAGGCGGGACCAAGUGGCAUCAUGUUUUAGAUGCUAUUUCUUUUUGCAUUGAACAUCUACUUACAUAGUAAUCUUCACUGAAAAAGGGGAUAGUAAAUGUUUACACAGGAUUUUAUGAGGUGAAUGGAAUGCCAUGUCAGAUUUGCUUACAUGGACUUCAGGGCUUCUGACUGUUGAAAAUGAAUUUGUUAGUUCGGCUUUAUAGCUACAUUACUGGAAGUGCAUUAUAUUGUUGUUAGAAGUUGUGAUCACGGUUUAGUUUAGUAGUUCAGCGUACCGGUACUGGAGAACGCCAAAGAUACAAGUGUGUUUUAUUUAUGAACUAUUUAUUUAUGUGCACAGUUAUGAUAUGUGUGGCAGUUCAAAGGUGCAUUUUGUCCUUUUGUAAGGGCUUUCAAUUUCUUUGUCUCAGUGUUUGAAAUCACCAAGUCUUCACAUUCUUAAUGAUUGAUGUCCAACUAUAGGCAUGUCAGUGAAAAUUGUGUUCAUAUGCAACUAUGCAAUGUAUUCCAACAGCCAAAUUACGAGCAUUUAAUGCUUUUACUGCCCUGAUAUUUUAUUUUUUUACAAUGUAUUAUUGAAUUCUAUUUAAUAUGUAAUUUUCUAGCCCCCAAAUGGCCUCAGCCACCUAAGGUGUUCAAAUAGAUUUAAUUAUUUUUUAGUAACAUUUUUUGUUGUAAAUAUGAUCUUCAAUUAUAGACAUAUUUAUUUUGAAUUAAAUGCAACAGUUAUUUAUUUGCAUACCUAUAUAACUUUUAUGUUGUGUUUGUACCUGUGAAAGGAACAUUUCUUAUUGCAUGGUUCAUCGAAAUGUGAUAUGGAUUUAAUGACAAGUUCUGAAGAAUUUCAUUGUUCAUUUUCUUACAUAAUGUCAUAUUGAAACAAGCAAAACAAAAAAGAUCUUGAAUGUGUACCAGUAAAAGGUAUCUAGAACAACGUAUGGCAGGUUUAUAAUGCAGAAAGCUACUGCCUUUACGAUUGCUCGUUUGCUUUGAUUAAUUUUAUUCUAACAUGCAUGGAAUUUACUGAUACCAUAUAAAACAAAUUUUUCUUUAUGUAAAAGGAGAUUAUUGUACUUGCACAAAUGAAUGAUUUAAAAAUGUAUUGACUAUAGUUGGUUCAGGUGAAACUUUUACAUAUUGUGUUCAGAAAUGUCGUUGGAUCACGAGCAAAUGAGUUUUUACAGUGCUGACUUGAUUGUUUGACUAUUCUUGUUUGUAAAUGGUGAGGGUAGAUGAUUGCUGUGUGACUGUAUAGAUAGAUGAGUUGAUUUUCUAAAUGGGCCGAGACGUUUGUUGAGUGAUUAUAGAUAAGUUGUGUUUUACACUAUAUGGGUAGUAGGAACAAUGUAUAGAUUAAAAUGUCCUAGUGGUCUAAAUUAAACCUCACUUUGUGCAAUAUGGAACAUGUAUAAAAGUCUAUUAGUGUUAACACUUACAGAGAACUCUAUUUUGAAAACGUGAAUAUACCGAGUGUAGAUUGUUUUGUUGUAGGAGUGAAUGUUAAGUGUAGAUUAGUCGGAAUUGGGCUAGUUUUCACCAUGGUUCUCAGAAUUUUAUCCCACUGUCACUGGACUGUGAAAUUUACAAGUUACAAUUAACCCGAAGUUCAGUUGCUUAAUGUAGAAAAUUGCAAAUACAUUCAAAGGAGAAAUAUGAUUUGAUAUGAUUGUUUGAACUAAGGUUUUGUAACUCUAGUAGGACAGAGUAAAAUAUUCCUUUAAAUCCUGUAAACUCGCAUUUUGUAUUCAAGAAUACUUAUACUGCUGUGUACUAAUGGUAAAGUUGUUGCGGAACUUUUAUGGGAAAUCUCAAAAUGUGAUGUUUGCUUGAAAAAAAAAAAAAAGAGUGUAAAAUGCAACUUUGGAUCAUUAUCCCAGUUGAGCACAAAUGAUAAUUAAAAGGAUUCUUUGAGAAACAGUAUUUACUGUUAGAGCCAGACAAAUUGAAUAGGUGUUCUUUUAUAGUUGUCUUGAAUAUUUAAUACCAUGUCAGAAAUUUUGUUAAUUGAUUUAUUCAGAAGGUGUGUUAACAUGUGUUUUUAGCUCGACUAUUCGAAGAAUAGUCUAGCUAUUCUACUUACCCUGGCGUCGGCGUCACACCUUGGUUAAGUUUUUGCAUGUAAGUACAUACAGCUAUCAUUUAAAGGAAUAUAGCUUUGAAACUUAUUUAUUCUUUUUCUAGGUCAAUUACCAACCUCACUGGGUCAAGUUCCAUAACUCUAACAUGUAUUUUGAGCAAAUUAUGCCCCCUUUUGGACUUAAAAAAUUUUGGUUAAAGUUUUACAUGCAAGUUACUAUCUCCAAAACUAAUGCAGAUAUUGAAUUGAAACUUCACAUGUGUCUUCGGGGUUAUAAAACUCGUUGAUAGCACCAAGUCUCAUAACUCUGACCUUCAUUUUGGCCAAAUUAUGCCCCCUUUUGGACUUGGAAAAUUCUGGUUAAAGUUUUGCGUGCAAGUACAUACAGCUAUUACUAAAAGGCAUAUAGAUUUGAAACUUAUUUUUUCUUUUUCUAGAUCAAUUACCUACCUCACUGGGUCAAGUCCCAUAACUCUGACAUGUAUUUUUGGCAAAUUAUGCCCUCUUUUGGACUUAGAAAAUCCUGGUUAAAGUUUUACAUGCAAGUUACUAUCUCCAAAACUAAUGCAGAUAUUGAAUUGAAACUUUACAUGUGUCUUCGGAGUUAUAAAACUAGUUUAUAGCACAAAGUCCCAUAACUCUGACCUUCAUUUUGGCCAAAUUAUGCCCCCUUUUGGACUAAGAAAAUUCUUGUUAGUUUUGCGUGCAAGUACAUACAGCUAUUACUAAAAGGCAUAUAGAUUUGAAACUUAUUUUUUCUUUUUCUAGAUCAAUUACCUACCUCACUGGGUCAAGUCCCAUAACUCUGACAUGUAUUUUGGGCAAAUUAUGCCCCCUUUUGGACUUAGAAAAUUCUGGUUAAAGUUUUGCGUGCAAGUACAUACAGCUAUUACCAAAAGGCAUAUAGCUUUGAAUCUUAUUUAUUCCUUUUCUAGGUCAAUUACCAGCCUCACUAGGUCAAGUUCCAUAACUCUUAACAUGUAUUUUGAACAAAUUAUGCCCCCUUUUGGACUUAGAAAAUUCUGGUUAAAGUUUACAUGCAAGUUGCUAUCUCCAAAACUAAUGCAGAUAUUGAAUUGAAACCUAACAUGUUUCUUGGGGGUUAUAAAACUAGUUGAUAGCAUCAAGUCCCAUAACUCUGAUAUGUAGUUUUGUCAAAUUAUGUCCCCUUUCGAACUUAAAACUCUUUUGAUAUUUAACAUUUUGGGUAAUAAUUUCCUGCUUCUGUGACAAUAUUUCGAAUAGUCGAGCUUGGCUGUCUUACAGACAGCUCUUGUUAUUUCUCAUGGUUACUUCCCUUUAGUUUUGCUGCACAUGGACAGAUGUAGCAGAUAAAUUAUAUAAUUAGUUUUAAAAGGUUUCAUAAUCUUUUUCCCUAGCUUUUCUAUAUAAUAAAUGAAAAAAAAAUUUAAAAAAUUAUUUUUUGUAUAUUGAUUCAGCUACUGGCUGUUAUGUUAAACUGGUGACAAAUAUUCUUGUAAAUAAUAUUUUUUUAUUUAACUUUUUAAGUACAGUCAUUUUAAUGUUGAAACGUUGAUGAAUUAAAUGUCAUUUAGAAAUUGACUGAUUUAAUAUUAAGACAUUGAGGAUCUGUAUGAAUUCAUGAUGAUGAAUGAUUAAACAUUUAUGAAUAAGCCUUGUUUGAAAGCCUGUUGGCUGGUAAAAUGAAUGUAAUAUAAUUUCCCAUGUAUUGAAUUAUUGAAAAUUAAUUGACAAGGUCACUGAUUUUCAAGUUAAAUGUAUUUAGAAAUAAUUGGAUUUUUACAAAAUAUGAUUGAAAAGUGAAUUUGCUCAAGUGGUGUAUUUAGUGAAUGGAAGAAGUUGCUCUUGGUUUUGUAGAGAGAAAAAAACAUGCCAUUUUCAUUAUAGUCUUAAAAUUCAAAUGAAUGUGCAUCUAAGUACUUUUUUGGAGGACAAAGUGUUUACAUUCCUGAUGUCAAAGACCAAGGAGGCAUAGAGUUAGGACUGUCCAUCCAUCAUUCAGUCAGACCGACAAAUUUUCUUUUAGUAGUAGACUCCCCAACAGUUUGUCUAAUUCAAAUGAAGCUUGGUAUCAUGAAGUGGACAUCCAUCUCUCAUACCUGAAUUGUUCUUUCAAGUAAUGGCCCUUUUUUUUGGCUUUGAAAUUAUACAGUUACCCCUAUACCUUAUAUACUACAAUCUGAAUAGUUUCUGUUCAUUUGAAAUAAAAGUGGUUUACAUCAUCAUGGAGAUGACAUGCUCAUGUUUACUGGGACUUUCAUUUCCAAUUAUUUUUUCUCGAGUGUAAUGGCCUGUUCUUGAACCACUACAUCAGAACAUUGUGUUCUCAACUCUUACAGUUUUUUAUGCAACUGAAAUGAAAUUUGGUAUACAUGUCAGUACUUCCAUGUCUGAUUUUGUCUUGAGUUUUGGACCUGUUAUGGACUUUAUUUUUGGUUCUAUCAAAUAAGAAAAUAGUGCGUCCAUACAAAAAACAUUUGAAAGAUCUAUGUUUGAAAUUUAAAUGUAAUAAUUGUUAUGUAUAACAAGUAAAAAUUGAAUGAAUACGGAGUCAGUUUUCAUAGAGUUUGUUGCCUUCAAGAUAUAACUAGAAAUAUAGUGAUGUAAAUUAAUGGUAAACUUAUAUACUUUUAUCUUUGUAACUUAUGUGUUUAAAAACACAAAGAUGUAUUCAGAAAUAUUACAGAUUUGUACAAAAUGUGUGUGUUCAAAUACUUUACCUUUGUGUUCAAAUUUUAUAUUGAUGUGUUCAAAGCCAGUGUGUUCAAAUAAUACAUCACCAAUGUGUUCAGAUAUUUUGCAGUCAUCAUUUUUAAAGUUAUUGUUAUUUUGUAUCAGUUGUUGCAUAUACCAAUAUCAUUUAUGUUGGAAAUAACCAGAUAUUACAUAUAACCUGCACAGGUUAGCCCAAGAAUAAAACCUUGUAAUAAAACUUGAAUAUAACAAUGCCAUAUGCAUUAGAAACAAACUGAAACCUGUUUGAGACAAGGUACAUUUUUUCUAUCACCUAAGUUACUGCAAAUAUGGUAUUUAAGAAAUGAUAUAUUUUAAAAAGAGAUUUGUCAUCAAAUAAAUUGUUGUUUGGAGUUUAGAUGCGAAGGAAUUAUAUCAGGCGGGCCAAACCCAAGUAAUAUAAUGAUAGGCAUCUGAACUACAAACAGCGAUUUUAUUUUGUACAUCUGUGACAACCUCAAAUAUUUGCCUGUUGUGUAGGUUUCUUUUGACUAAUAGUAAUUGCGAGGUACUAACAGGGACUUGUUACAUAAUAACACAAAACUUUCAGUCUUUAUUCAGUAAAGAAAUCUUGUCAUUAAAAUAAGAUGUUAAUUUACCUUCCUAGAAUUUUAUCAGUAGUCAGAAAUAAUUAACACGUCACUAGUACAUUAACAUUUAACUUUCCGUAGUAUUAUCAGCAUUUUUUAUUUUUCUAAAGAAAUAUAGAGUCUGUUUUAUCUUUUAUUUUAGCAAGCAAUUCUUUUCCUUUCACCUAUAGUCUUUUUCAAGUAUGCUGUGUGGUUUUGAGUUUUAGAUAACAAAUUUUAGGUCGUUUGCUGAGAUGAGUCUUAACAAGAAUGUUGAUUUGUUUUAAAUUAUUUUUAAAUGUAAUAUAUUGUCAGCAAAAAAUAAACAAAACUACAAAAUGCU